CCCCCACAAGAUUCAAGAUGAGGGAACUGAAGUACAAAAGAAGCGAUCAGAGUGUAGCUCUUGGGAGGCGAGGGGUAGUUAGUUGCUGGGGUGUUUCCAUCAGGGCAUGGCCUGUAAAUAAAUAGAAAAAGGAUGUGGCCUCAGUAUCCUCCAGGCACCAUAGAAACUGAUCUUGGAAGCUAAGCAGGGCCCACCCUGAUCAGUUUGGAAUACUUUUACAAUCCACGUUUUGGAAUACAGGUCCCAUAGACAACUCCAAAACAUCUGGAGGGGCAACAUUUCCAGAAGGGGGAAAAUACAGAAGAUGGACUGGGUGAAGCUGCGUUCCUAUUCCCGGAAGAGGCCGGCCCAAAAGAAUAUACACUGGGGUUCUCCCUUGCCAGGGGUGGCAACAUCUGCUGCUGGAACCAGAAGGAACGCUCCAGCCAAAGGCACUCGCUUGGGCCUAGUUCUAUGCCCUAAACCUAAACUGGAAUCUCAUGGCAAAAGACACAAUAGAAAUGCCAUUGCAAAAGCAUUGCCAAAUAUUCAUGAAAAUUCUGAGGUAACCCAGACGAAUUGUCAUUCAUCUGACCAAAGGAGUAUGGAUGUGAAUAAAGAUUUCGGUGAAAUGGACAAGACUGUGGCAAAGGAUUCUUCACAUCUAAAUACUCCAAGUAAAAAGAACUCGAGAGAUAGUGAAACCACUUCAGGAACGACUUUACCCACAGGUGUUUCAGAUUUCUUGCUGGACUGUUUGGAUGUGGAUUCUCUGGUGUGCUCCAGUACAGGAUCUAGUGAUUGUACAAGUAGCUACUCAUCACCUGAAAUAUUCAGAGAUGAAAAAGAAAGCAGUGCUAUUCCUGAAAGACCAUGUCUUCAAUGCAAAAAUUCAACUCUCUUGGAAACAAGCAAAGCUGUCAGCAUAGACAAGAUGCCAUACCUGCCAAAUCUGUCAAAGAUAACAGGAAGUCAAGACCAGAGUCUUAUAAGGAGUAGAUCAUCUGAACAGAAACUGCAUUCUGGGCUGAGAACUGGUUCAGCUGUAAUAGCAGGAAAACAAAUACACAAAAUUGUAUCUACAAAGGAAUUAAGAUCUGAAUCACAAUCUUCUGGAUCUUUGUUGUUGCCACCUCAAAAGCACAAAAUACAGGAGAUCAAUUCUGUAUCAGUGAACCUAAGAAGGAAUAAAGCAAUCCUAGCAAGUACUGCAUUUCAACAGCCAGAAGAUGUAGAGCUGGACUUGUCAUCAGUGCAUAAAGGCUCACUCAGUGAAGAUUUCUUAUCAAACACAAAUAGUCUGUAUGUAAAUUCAGAAGAAAUUGUUCCUGCAACAUUGUCUCCAGAAAAGACUAUUUAUCAGUGUUUACGUAACCCACCAGAAAUCUGCUCUAUUAUUAAAGCUUCUCCAGGAUUUAGACCACUCAAAAUUCUCCAGCAUCCAUUGAAUAGAAAAGAAUUAUUUUUUCCACCAGGAUCAAGCGAAGCAAACCAUUGUUCCCAAGUUCACUGGAUGAGUGGUACUGAUCUACAAAAAGUUGAGUUGGGAAUAUUUUCCCAAUACAAACUUAUAUGUUUUUCAGAUAUUAUUACAAGCUCAUAAAAACUGGGUUUACAACAACAAUAUAUGAAUCGUUCUAUUGCUCUGUCAAGGACCAAUGACAGAUUUUUUUUGAAAAGAGAGGAGAAAAUGUCUUAUCCCAUGGAACUCUAUACAGCUAUAUUGUACAAAUAGUUAAAAAUGUAAUUGCAAAUAGUGAUAUAGUCCCAUCUGAAUGAUGUUCUUAGUUCACUUUUGCCAUGUAGAUUUCAAUAUUUAUUUUGAGCUCUCUAAAGACUUUGUAUAUAUUACUCAUGGCUUAAUAUUAUAAAUAAUUAAUAAUUACUUAUUAAUGUUACAAAGAUCUGUAAAAUAAUUGCCUGGGAAUGCCACUGUCUUCUAGAAACUUUAUUCUGGCAUUUUCAGUACUGCUGUUCCUUCAGUGGUACAGUAUGAAAAAAGAGAAAGUGAUGGGGAAUGGAAAUUGAAAAAUAUGAAAGAUGAGGUUAUACUGAAUAUUUGAAUUUUGUUAAGUUUGAAAUGUUUUUUAAAACUAUUGUGAAAAAAAUAUUCAAGAUUUUUUGCAUUAUGAUUACUACAAAAUAUUAAACAAUUAUGAGUUAUCAGGA